AUGCUGGCGACAUCUAUCCUCAUGCUCGCGCUCGCCGCGACAGGCCUGGCUCAGGUUCCUGAAGGCUACCGCAAGGUCUACGUCACUUCGAUGGUGGACGCGAAAUAUGUUAUGGUACCGAAAGCACCUCCAAAGGCCGGAAGCACUAUGGUCGUGCAAACACUUAACAACAAGCCUGAGCAACAGUGGUAUCUCAAAGAGGGCAACACGACGAUCAUUCUGGCAAACACUACACUGUGUCUAGACGCUGGGGCUAAAAGCAACUGGAAAGACAUGGGCGCCCUCUCCCUAAAAGAGUGCGCCGCUGCCGAGCCCGGCCAGCAGUGGAACGUCAUGGCCGACGGACGAAUUGCGCUGACAGCUUCCUCGCCGCAAGAAUGCAUCGAUCUCCAGUACAUGAAAGCCACGGCCAACAAUCCCGUUGGUUUGUAUAGUUGCGCGGGACUGGGAAAUACAGGUGCGAAGGAUAAGGGGAUUAACUGGCCGCUUGUGAAUGCUACCACUUGA